AUGUUAUUCCCUACUACUACUACUAAUAAUAAUAGUAGUAAUAAUGAUAAUCAACAUUCAAAUGAAUAUAUCACAGAAACAACUGAACAUUAUCCAACUUGUAUGUUGAAACCGAAAUUGAUCAGUGAAGAUGUAUUUUCUACUGCUGUUGCUGCUGAUGAUAAUGAUGAUGAUAAUGACAAUGUUCACCAACAUUAUCGUCAUCAUCAUCAUACUGAACAAGGUAAUGUUCAAAUUUAUUCACAUUUAUAUAAUCCAUAUACAACUCAUACUUCCAUUGGAUCACAUCAUUGUGCUCAUGAUUCAAACAGUGUAAAUAUUCCACGAUUAAAAGAUAACAGUAAUAAUAAUAAUAAUGAUAAUAAACAUUAUACAUUUUAUUCAGGUCAAUCAUCUUCAUUAUUAUCUACUCCACCAUUAUCACCAUUACAACAAAAGAGAAAACAAUUAAAAACUUCAUCAUCAUCAUCAUCACCAAUUGGUAUAGAAUGUCGACAAAAUUGUAUUGGAGAUAAAUCAAAGUAUAAUUCUAAUUUUAUUGUUGAUCAUAGAAAUAAUUGUAUGAUAACACCAGGUUGUUUUAUAUCGAAUUGUGCAGAAACAGAAUUACCCACAUUAAAAACAUUCAUACAACGACAACAACAACAACAACGAAAUGAUCGAAUACCGCCAAUCCCAGUAAAAUUAAAUAUUCAAUCACAUUGUGAUAAUAAUCAAGGAAUAUUGAAUGAAAGUCAGCAAAUAUUUGAAGACAAUGAUAAAUAUAAUAUUACACAAGAUUAUCAACGGAUAAAUAAAUGUGGUUAUGAAAAACCUCCUCUAGGUAGGCCAUCAUCCAGAUCCCUAUUGAAUAUUAGUAAUAACAAUAACAAUAAUAAUAAUGCUUCUCAGAUUGCACACAGGACACAAAAUCUUCAUGAAAAAUCCAGUCCUAUCAAACGAAUACCGAAAAAUGUCAGUUUCAUACCAUCUAUGCCAUGUUUUGACAAUUAUCCUUUGAAAAAGACACUAGAUAGUAAUAAUAAUGAACACCUUAUGAAUAGUUCUAUACUAAAAUCAUCAUCUGGUAACUAUGAAAUCUGUGAUCGCCAACAUCUUUAUCAAUUUAAAUCACAUCCAAAUAUUUUAGCUUAUACUACCGGUGUCACAAUAGAUGAUCUACAUUUAAAUGAUACAAAACAUAAUUCACCAACUAGUCAACCUAUAAAUCCACAAUUAUCUAUAUAUAAUAAAAGAAAUUUUCUUUAUAAACAAAAUCAAUUGCCUCCUCAUCCUCCUCAUCCUCCUCCUCUGCCACCAUUCUCACAUCGAUUUUUAACACCACCAUGUACAAGAAAGUUGGCAAUACAAUCAAAUUGUAAUAUAAAUUCAUUAUUAGGAAAUAAUAGAAAUGAUGAUUAUACAAUGUUUUCAAAAGAGAAACAAUGUCAUUGUACAUUACCAACUAUGAAUAAGCUACCUAAUUCAUCAAAAUGUACAGAUUUAGGAUUAUUAUUUCAUACAGGAAAUCAAACUACUACCGGAAUAAUAAUGAUGAUUCUACUAUUGAUCAUGUCAAUCAAGAAAGAAGAACUAUUCAUAAUCAUGAUCAUUAUUUAA